AUGCAUACUCCUAGUGCUCUUCGUCUUGUGGUCCUCGCCGCGAUGGCAGCCAUGACCGCCCACGCUCAGCAGGCUGGCUCCAACAAGGCCGAGACCCACCCGCCGUUUACGACGCAGACCUGCACUAAGAGUGGCUGCACUGAUGAGGACACGUCCAUUGUGCUGGACGCCAACUGGCGCUGGUUGUACAAGGAGGGCACGUCGACGAACUGCUACACCGGAAACAAGUGGGACACGAGCAUCUGUUCGGACCCCAAGACGUGCACGUCGAGCUGUGUCCUUGACGGUGCCGACUACACCGGCACGUACGGCGUCAACGUCGAGGGCGACAGCGUCAGCCUCAAGUUGGUCACCAAGGGUCCGUACAGUACCAAUGUGGGAUCGCGCUUGUACGUCCUGGAGUCCGACGAAAAGUACAAGGUCUACAAGCUACUGAACCAGGAGUUCACGUUCGACGUGGACAUUUCGAAAGUUGACUGUGGUCUGAACAGUGCGCUGUACUUCGUUGACAUGGAGGCCGACGGUGGCAUGAAGCGUUUCCCCACCAACAAGGCUGGUGCCAAGUACGGCACGGGCUACUGCGAUGCUCAGUGUCCUCAGGACCUUAAGUUUAUCAGCGGUGAGGCCAACAUCCUUAACUGGACCCCAAGCAAGACGGACCCCAACGCCGGUACGGGUAAGUACGGCUCGUGCUGUGCCGAGAUGGACAUUUGGGAGUCCAACAGUAUCAGUAACGCGUACACGACGCACCCGUGCACGACAAAGAUUGGCGGCUCUCACCGUUGCUCUACGGCCAAGGAGUGCGGUGUUGCUAAGAACCGCUACAACGGUGUUUGCGACAAGGACGGCUGCGACUUCAACCCGUACCGUAUGGGCAACAAGACGUUCUUCGGACCCGGUUCGGACUUCGCCGUUGACACGACCAAGAAGAUGACGGUGGUGACUCGUUUCAUCACGGAUGAUAACACGGCCACCGGCACUUUGGUUGACGUCCAGCGUUUCUACGUCCAGGACGGUGUGACCCUCGAGAUGCCUCGCUCCACUUUUCCGGCUGUCAAGACCAUGAAGUCUCUGACGGACAAUCAGUGCUCUGCUGCCAAGAAGCUUUUCGGUGACAAGGAUGAUCACAAGGCUAAGGGUGGACUCGCGCAGAUGGGUGAGGCCAUGAAGAGCGGUAUGGUGCUGACCAUGAGUCUGUGGACCGACCACGCUGCUCAGGUCUUGUGGCUUGACUCGGACUACCCCGUGACUGCCGAUCCUAAGAAGCCUGGUGUCUCGCGCGGUACGUGUGCCAAGACGACGGGUGUCCCCAAGGAGGUCAUUGCCGAGCAGGCCGAUGCUACCGUUGCCUUCAGCAACAUCCGUGUCGGUGACAUUGGCUCGACGGUGAAGGGCGUGGGUGUCUCGAAGAAUACUACUACCAAGAAGGCCGCCACCACCCCGGCUACUGAGACGGCCAAUGAGGCUGACCCGGAGGAGGUUGGUGCCGACGCGGACCCGGAAGAGGUUGGCGCUGACGCGGACACUGAGGAUGCUCCAAGCACGUCGACCAGCUCGUGCAAACGCCGACACUAG